CCAGGCCACCUGGAUGAUGAUUCCCCAGAGAUAACGCCGGAUCCGAGCGCAAAAGUCUCUGGCUGGCUCCAUUUCCUUUAAUACCAGCACCAUGGCCUCGUUACUUCGCCUUUGACCUCUCUACUUUUUUUUCUCAUCCGGUCAAUCCGACAAAUUCUCCCUCCUCCCUCCCCUUCGCCCCUUCUUCAAGUCCCAUUUCUGGCAAGAUGGGCUUCGACGAUGUCUCUAGUGGACCUGACUCCAGCAAGAUCAUGGAGUCAGACGGCGACAAGAAGGUCUACGCGGCCGCCCCACCGCCAUUCGAGAAGGAUAUCGUCGGUGAGAUGAGCGAGGCCGAACGUCAUAUCUAUGAUCACGGUAUCAAGAAGUUCAGUCGUCUCGGUUGGAAACGACUCACCGUGGUUCUCAUUGUCGAGGCCAUCGCCCUCGGAAGUUUGUCUAUUCCCUCGACCUUUGCCGCCCUGGGCAUGGUUGCUGGUGUGAUUUCUUGCGUGGGCCUCGGCUUGGUGGCCAUCUAUACCAGUUAUAUCGUUGGCCAGGUCAAGCUGGCUUACCCCGAGGUUGCCAACUACGCUGAUGCAGGUCGUCUGAUGUGGGGUCGCUUCGGCUAUGAACUCAUCAACUUGAUGCUUGCACUGCAGUUGAUCUUCUUGACCGGAUCUCACUGCCUGACGGGAACGAUUGCUUUCCAGAACAUCACCGAAAGUGGUAUCUGCUCCGUCAUCUUUGGCGUGGUGUCCGCGAUCAUCCUGCUUUUGCUGGCCAUCCCGCCUAGUUUCACCGAGGUCGCUAUUCUUGGCUACGUGGAUUUUGCGUCAAUUGUUUUCGCUAUCGGUAUUACGAUUAUUGGCACCGGAGUUCAGGCGACGAAUGCCCCUGGUGGCCUUGCUGCUGUGGACUGGUCCGCCUGGCCUAAGCCCGGCCUGACCUUCACCGAGGCGUUCAUUGCCAUUUCCAACAUCAUUUUCGCCUACAGCUUCGCCAUGUGCCAGUUCUCAUUCAUGGAUGAGAUGCACACCCCGAGUGAUUUCCCCAAGUCGAUCUGGACCCUUGGUAUCACCGAGAUUAUCAUCUACACCGUGACCGGUGCGACGAUCUACGCGUUCGUUGGACAGGACGUGCAGAGCCCGGCGCUCCUCUCCGCAGGAAGUACUCUCAGUCGCGUGGCCUUUGGCGUGGCCUUGCCCGUCAUCUUUAUCAGUGGUUCGAUCAACACGGUGGUUUUUGGACGGUUGGUUCACGGUCGGAUCUUUGCCAACUCCCCGAUUCGCUUCAUCAACACUAAGAUGGGUUGGAUCACAUGGCUGGGCGUCAUCGCCGCGGCCACAAUUAUCGCCUUCAUCAUUGCGGAGGUGAUUCCGUUCUUCAGCGAUCUGCUCUCGAUCUCGUCCGCUCUGUUCAUCUCGGGCUUCAGCUUCUACUUCCCCUCCCUGAUGUGGUUCCUCCUGAUCCGUAAGGGCAGCUGGACCGAGCCCCAGAACCUGAUCCUGGCCAUCAUCAAUGCCUUUAUCGGGUUGAUUGGUUUGAUCAUUUUGGUCGCCGGUACCUAUUCGAGUAUCGAUGAUAUUAUCAUCAACUACAGGACCGGCUCCGUGAAGGGUGUUUUCACUUGUGGUGCCGUGUAGUGAGCGAAUGAGGGCAGGCUCCUCAUAAUACUUUUUCUGUCCAUGUUGUCCUGGUGGGCCUGCGUGAUCCUCCUGGAAGAGGCUGGCAUGUGGCAGGUCUGUCAUGGGUAUGAACUCGGUAGACGAGGGGAUAUACGGCGCAGAAUCUGAUUUGCAUUGUCACGAUAGACGUCCGAGUCUGGGAUUCAACCAAACCGGAUUUGUACAUAUACAUACUACAUUUAUAUCUUCAUGGAACUUCCAUCGACC